AUGGCCACCACAGAGCAAUUCGCUCUUCCCCGCGGGCGGUCCAACUCAUUCGAGAAAUUUACACACAUUGACAACAACAAAGAAGAAAAAUACCACAUGCAAGACGAUGACGAAAGUAACGACAAGACAUACGACAUGGAUGAACACUAUGAGGAUGAAGAUGGCGAGCCGGUUGACCCGUCAGUCAGGGAGGACAUGAAGAGACUGGAAGACACUUUUGCAGGGAUAUCGAAAAGAUUCCGACUGAUCAAUCGAAUUGGCGAAGGCACAUUUUCAACCGUGUACAAAGCAGAGGACAUACUGUACGAUCACUACGAGAAUGAUUGGGACUCCGAGGAUGCGAUGGACCGCGACAGAGAAUGGAGAGCCAUGAAGAAACGCCGCCUCGGUGAUAAUGUCACGAAAAGCGUAUCAAGUAAUGGCUAUCCAAAAAGGAAACCACGAUAUGUCGCGUUAAAAAAGAUAUAUGUGACGAGCAGUCCCCUUCGAAUUCAAAACGAGCUAGAACUGCUGCACGAUCUUCGAGGAAACUCAUCCGUCUGCCCACUCAUCACGGCCUUUAGACAUCAAGAUCAGGUUGUGGCGGUUCUUCCUUAUUUUCCUCAUACCGACUUUCGCAUUCAGUACCGGACGUUCUUGGUACGCGACAUGCGUCAUUACUUUCGGUCAUUGUUCAUGGCAUUGGCGUUUGUUCAUAAGCAUGGCAUCUUGCAUCGCGACAUAAAACCUACUAACUUUCUUUACAACCCCGAGUUGAAACGGGGAGUCUUGGUGGAUUUUGGUCUAGCUGAGCGUCAAGGAUCCGACUAUGCUGGGCCUUGCUUAUGCACGAAUCCCGCACAAGUACGACAAAUGAGACUACAAUCCAGUUACUAUACAAACCAGCCUGCCCAUCAACAAAACGGCUAUCCCAAAAACGACUCCCGGCCUGCUCGACGAGCGAAUCGAGCCGGAACGCGAGGCUUUCGAGCUCCAGAAGUCUUGUUCAAGUGCACAUCACAAACCACCAAGAUAGACAUGUGGUCAGCCGGAGUUAUUCUACUCACACUACUGGGCCGUCGCUUCCCAUUCUUCAACUCCGCCGACGAUGUUGAAGCUCUAGUUGAGAUGGCAAGUAUAUUCGGCGUUCGACGCAUGAAAUAUGCUGCGUCGCUACACGGACAGAUUUUCGAGACCAACAUUCCUACAAUAGGCGAAAAGGGAUACGGUUGGGAGAAACUGGUCAUUUGGUCCAGCUGUGUGGAGGAUUUGACCGAAAGCGAACAGCAGGGGAUUAGACUGCUUGCCGGGCUGAUGGAACUCAAUCCAAAUAAACGACUCAGUGCAAAGGAGGCAUUGGCGCAUGAAUUUUUCACAAAGCCUAUUGAACAUGAUGUUGAAUGGGGCGGCGAGCUCUUGGAUGAGGAAGAAGGCGAGUCCACAGGCGAGCAGCAGCCACAGGAGGAUGCCAAAGAUGAAGUUGAUAUGGUCAAAUAG